CGCAGGGCGGGCAGAGGGAAGGGAAGAUGGCGGAGGAGGAGAAGCUGCCCGCGGGAUGGGAGAAGCGCAUGAGCCGCAGCUCCGGCCGGGUGUAUUACUUCAACCACCUGACGAACGCCAGCCAAUGGGAGCGGCCGAGCGGGGGCGCGCGGGCGGAGCCGGGCCGCGUGCGCUGCUCGCACCUGCUGGUCAAGCACAACCAGUCGCGGCGGCCGAGCAGCUGGCGGCAGGAGCGCAUCACCCGCUCCAAGGAGGAGGCGCUGGAGCUCAUCAACGGUUACAUCCAGAAGAUCAAAUCGGGAGAGGAGGAUUUUGAGUCUUUGGCUUCGCAGUUCAGCGACUGCAGCUCGGCCAAGGCUGGGGGGGACCUGGGAGCGUUCGGGAGAGGGCAGAUGCAGAAGCCGUUUGAGGACGCCUCGUUCGCGCUGCGGGCCGGCGAGAUGAGCGGCCCCGUGUUCACGGAAUCCGGGAUCCACAUCAUCCUCCGCACGGAGUGAAGUGCCUUGGCAGGGCGGGGCCUCCCGGGAAUCCCGCGGGAACGGGCGGGAAUCCACGGGGAGCCCGUGGGGAUCCGUGGGAAUCCAUGGGGAAGCCACGGGAAUUCGCGGAACCCCUGGGGGAUCCGUGGAGAUCCGUUGGGAUCUGUAGAAAUCUGUUAACUCCGCGGGAAGCCGUGGGAAUUCUCAGGAAUCCACGGGAAUCCACAGGAAAUCCACGGGAGUCUGUGGGAAUCCUCAGGAAAUCCAUGGGAAUCUAUGGAGAUCCAUGGGAAUCCUCAGGAAUUCACGGGAACUCACGGAAAUCCUCAGGAAUUGAUGGGAAUCUAUGGAAAUCCUCAGGAAUCCAUGGGAAUUCAUGGAGGUCCAUGGGAAUCCUGAGGAAUCCAUGGAAAUCCGUGGGAAUCCACAGAAAUCCAUGGGAAUCCACGGGAAUCCCGCCCCGCGCUCCCCACCACGAACUCCAGAUCCCACAACUUCUCCAUUAUUCCCUCCUGGGUGGGAGCAAAGACGGGGAAUUCCUGCGGUUUUUGGGAAUGCUGGGUUGGCCAGAGCCGGCUCUUGGCGGUCCCAUGGUGGUGGCGGUGACAAUGGCAACGAUGGCGAUGGCCAGCAGUGACAGUGACAGCAAGGACAAAUGACAAAUGAAGGUGACAGCGACGAUGCCCAGUGAAGGUGACAAUAACCAGUGAUGGUGGCCAUGACCAUGACAAUGUCUGUGACCAACAGUGGUGACAAUGACCACGACCAAUGGAGAUGGCAAUGACCAUGACCAAUGAAGAUGACAAUGACCAACGAUGGUGACCGUGACCAUGAGCAACACCCAACAAAGGUGACAGUGACCAUGACCAAUGAAGAUGACAAUGACCAUGACCAAUGAUGGUGAUGACGAUGAUGACCAGCCAUAGCAAUGGCCAGCAAUGAUGACAGUGAUGAUGAUGAUGACAGUGACAGUGAUGAUGGAGACAGCAAUGACAAUGACACCAAUGACAAAGACACCAAUGACGAUGACACCGAUGACGAUGACACUGAUGACAAUGA